AAAAUGACAGAUGUCUUGCAUCUGGACGAAUUGCCGUCUGACGUUUUGAUCAUAAUAUUCGAUUUUUGCCAUGCCUUCGACCUGGUGCGUCUCAGCGAAGUGUGCACACGGUUCCACGAUAUCGUCAGGAGCGACGUGUGUUGGAUUAAAAAGAGUAAACAGGCACUGGUGACCAAUCAGUCCUCGAAAAGAUUCCGCGAAAGAUGCUACAGUCUACUUCCUCUGCGGAACAAAUGGCACGUAUCUCAAAAUUGGAAGGAUGGAAGAUACGCAAAGCGUACUUAUCUCACGCAAAAGGCUAAGCUGAUGCCAUGGCUUCAACUUACUGCAAACACUCUGUGGUGGGGUGCCGGUACUCAGAUUGUCGGUUUCAGACGUCACGCACGGUUUAAUCCGGUUGAUCCGAUAUUCAAAAUUGAUACGCGCAGUUCUGACGUUUGUCGAUUUGUCGUGAAGGAUUGGAUAGUGCUCGCUGGAUUCAGAGACGGCAGCAUACGUUGCUGGGAUGGAAUUACGAAUGACGAAAUAUUCAACGCGCAAAAUACUCAUGCGUCUGAUGUAGACGCCGUAGACCUGACCUCGGAUGUAAUUAUCACUGGUUCAAGAGACAGAACUGUUAAGAUUUGGCCAACUAAGAUCAACGACAACAGUUCACCGUUGGCAGCCAUUAAUUUAUUGGAUAGAAUAUGGUCGAUAGCAGCAGAUCCAACGGGUCUUACAUUCUGUGCUGGAUCAGCUGGUAAUAACAACGUAGCACCUCUACACAUAUUUGAUGUAGAAUGUGGAGGGGAAAUUAACACAUUUAGACAACGGUGGAGGAAAGGAGCUGGUAUUUUGGACAUUAUUUGGAAUGACCCUCAGACAUUGCUCACCUGCGGUUAUGACACGUGUAUCAGAAAAUGGGAUAUCAGAUCAGGAACCUGUGUAGGAGCCUGGGCAGAUCCAACUGAUGCUACAGUUUAUUGCCUGUCCACGGAUUACCGCUACACCAUGGUUUCUGGGACACAGUUUAACGGAGAAGCUGUGCUCUGGGAUCAAAGAAAAUUCAAAUAUGUACAGAUGUAUCAGCAUCGGUGCUCAAGUCCGGUGUAUAGCAUAUCAUUCGACAACUGUUACCUAUAUGGAGCAAUGGACCAGUGCCUGUUUCAAUUAAAAUUCUCUGGAUACGGAUAUGGAGAAAAGAAUUAUCGCGACUUAUUUUGACUGCAGAAUCAGAAUUAAUCGUUAUGCUGAUUUGCGUUUUAAAUCUAAGAUGAGAAUCGAUUCCCUGAUUCUGAACCAUUCUAAAGAUAGUUAGUAGUGUAAAUAUGUGCGGUAGCGCGAAUAUUCUGAUAUGGCUAAACAUAUUGAAGAAACUGCUAAGUUUGUUUCAAUUUAUUUUUGUAAAUACUUUAUAUCUGAGUAAUUUGCGUUAACUGGAAUUUACCACACGCCCUAUGUUAAGACGGCUUCCCUAGUCGUAUCAGUUCAAACAAAUAAAACUAUUCUUGGAAGCAUGUACA